UCACCUGAUGCUUUCAGAAUCUUUCGGUUUGUAACCGAACGUCUAUACCUUUUCUCCUGUCCAUGUUUUGUUGUGGGAGUUAGCUUGUUGUGUUAUAAGUGAAGUCUUGAGAUAAUGGAGGCGAGAAAUGAAUUGAUUCAGCUUACCAAAGAGCUUGAUGUGGAGCUUGAUUAUGCUAUGCAAAAGUUGGGUGUUAUAGAUGAUGAGGAUAUUCGUGCCAUUGAGAAACAAAGACGAGAGGAACUGAAGAGGCAAGCAAAGUUUAGAGAUGAAAUGAUUCAAAAGGGUCAUUUGGAGUAUACUGAGAUACCUAGUGAGAAAGAUUUUUUUGAAGCUGUGAAGAAAAGUAAAUUUUUCGUUUGUCAUUUCUAUCGUCCAAGUACAAUGCGUUGUGCUAUUUUUGAUAAACAUUUAACUUCUUUGGCAUGUUUAUACGGUGAGACCAGAUUCUGCAAAAUAAAUGCUGAAAAGUCUCCUUUUCUGUGUAAAAGAUUAGGUGUUAAGAUUUUGCCUACACUUAUUCUUUGCAAAGAAAAUAAGGUUAUUGAUAGAAUUAUUGGAUUUGAUGAACUCGGUGGAGUUGAUGACUUUGAAUCUGAAGAAUUGGCUUGGGCGAUUUCUAAGCGUGGUAUUUUGAAAUACAGUGGGAAACCCCCGGCAUCAGUAAUGAGUGCUUCUAAUGCUAAGCAACCAAAUUUUACUUUUCAUGGAAAGCCUCUAACUAAAACCAUUCGAGGACGGUCUAAUGAUUCAGAUUCUGAUGAUGAUUGAAUUUUCAAUGUGUUGUAACAAAGUGCUCUGCAUACUUUUUCAUUGUUGUUCAUUGACACAGUUUUGUACUUGUGUAUGCUUCGCUUUUUAAAAUUUUGCAUUUGUCAUUUGAAUUUAACAUUCCUUUUGAAAUAUUUAAGACAAGUUAAUAAAAAAUAUGAGAAAAA